AAAAUCGGGGACACACUAGAGUCUGGAAAGUGUGUGCUUCACACACUUUGGCCCCCACUGUUGCGGCUCCAGGCUAGCUUGCUCUUGCUUCUCGCCUUCUCCCACGUCCGAGCAUGGCAGUGCAGAUGAACUCCUCGGUCUAUGCAACGACCACGGCGACUUCUCCUCCUCCGGUGGCGCAAGGAAAGAAGGACGAGGGUCGAGAGGCGCUAGCCGUCGUCAAGAUCGAAGUUGAGGAGCAGGACGACGCGGCAGCGGGCGUGGACUACGCCGACAGGGCGCAGUGGCUCCGCGCGGCGGUGCUGGGCGUUAACGACGGGCUUGUGUCCGUGGCGUCCCUGAUGAUCGGGGUGGGCGCCGUGAACCAGUCCGCCAGGGCCAUGCUCGUCUCCGGGCUCGCCGGCCUCGUCGCCGGCGCGUGCAGCAUGGCCAUCGGCGAGUUCGUGUCCGUGCACGCUCAGUACGACAUCGAGGUGGCCGCACGGCGGCUGAGACGCAAACGCGGCCUCGAGGAGGAGCCUGGGAAGCUGCCGAUCCCGGCGAAGGCGGCGGCCGCGUCGGCGCUGGCGUUCGCGGCCGGCGCGGCGCUCCCGCUGCUGGCCGGCGGGUUGGUGCGUCCGUGGGCUGUUCGGGUCGCUGCCGUGUGCGCGGUGACCACGGCCGGGCUGGCCGGGUUCGGGGCCGUCGGAGGGGCGCUCGGGGGCACCAGCCCGGCCAGGUCUGGCGUCCGGGUGCUGCUCGGCGGGUGGGCCGCCAUGGCCGUGUGCUACAGCGUGCUAUGGCUGUCCAGGCUCGCCAUGGGGGUACAAGUAUCAGGUGCCACUUGCUAAUACGGUGUCUUGGGCGGUAAUGUAUGUGUGUUGAACUGUGCAUGUGAAAUGUAACGUAAGGGUGCUCGUACGAAUACAUGAGUCUGCUCUAAUUUA